AUGGCAAAUGAGAAGCAGCCAUACCGCACUGCUUUAACUGAAGAUGAGUAUGCACAAACUGAUCUUCCAAAAAUUAUCUCAUACAUCAAUUCUCUUCAUGCAGUUGAACGAGUCGACAUCAUUUCUUUCGACUUACCAGAGAAAGUGGCUGACAACUUCUUUUUAACAAAAGAAUCGCUCAAAGUUGUUUGCACGUUCACACAACUUCUCGAGUCGCAAAUCAUAUCGAGAUUCCCGACAAUUCACAUUUUAAGUCAAAGCAAAUGGUACGACACUGUUGUGAUUCAAAUCAUCGACCAGACAAUUUACAUCUUCUGUGAAAUGACAGAGUACCAGUGCCUUGGAAUUCAAGGGAAGUAUCAAGAAGCCUUCGGAGACUACUGCAUCAAACUGACACUCGAAGAGGCAAAGAAGUACAAAGAGAAUUUCAGGGUUUUACAAGAGCGUCCGUUUUUAGUAUGGACAGACAACACUUCAGCUUUCAAAGAAUACGCACAAAGUCUGAUACCCCCACUUAACGUAAUAAGUAAAGAGAAUUUAAGAACAGCAGCAUUAUACCCCAGCUGUCCACUGUCUUUUAGUGCCGAUAAUUUGAUCGAACAAAUUGGUGCCAUUUGUGUAGAAGCAACUGCCAUGACUUUAACUGGAAAUGAAUUAAAAGGGUUAGAACGAAUUGGGCGAGGGUAUGGGGAGAGUGUCAAACACUACACAUAUCAAGGCACAUUAGUCUACAAUUUUACGGAAAACUAUGCCAAAGACGACACCGCCUACGUCUUUUAUUGUGUUGGGGCAUGUCCUUUUGUUAUUAAAGACCAGUUCCACACGUUCAAAGACCAAGGCAAUGAUUAUAUCGUCACUGUGGUGUUCCAUGAUUCUCAAAUUAAAUUAUCCGUCGAACAUACUUGGAGAGAUAUCAUCAAACUCAUUUAA